UUCCUCGCUCCCUCCCACACUGGGCGUUGUCAGCUGACUAUAAAAGCUUGAAUAAACUUUCACCGAGGCCCUGCACUCUUCACGGAAUCCCGAACCACGGUCUAGCUCUGCUCACUCGUAUCCUGCACCAAAUUCUGCAGCCAUGACUGAGUUGGAAAGAAUCAUGGAGGGCCUGAUCAACGUUUUCCACAACUAUGGCAGUAAAGACAGCCAUGGUUGGAAUUUAAACAAGAAACAACUGAAAACACUAAUGGAGAAAGAGGUGCCUUCCUUCCUGCAUACCCAGAAAAAUCCACAUUUUUUGGACAAACUCAUGAAAGAUUUGGAUGAAGACAAGACUGAUAAGUUGAACUUUGAACAAUUCAUGCGGCUGGUGGUUGGUCUUUCAGUGACCUGUGAGACGGCUCAAGUGGCCAUUGAACAGGUCAAGGCCAAGAAGUGAUGGGCAAAUAGUAAUGACGUUUUUAUUUUCUUGUACCAGAAAUGUGCAAGACUCCCAAAUAAAGUACCUCUAAAAACA